AUGCCAACAAAAACAAGAAGAAGUCGAAGUCCGGCUCGAACUUAUUUACCCUAUAAUCAUCGUCCGAAAAGAGCAAGAAUGGAAGAAACUCAAGACGUAGGGAAACUCUCCAAGACGAUGCCCGGCAUUUACUCGUCAAAUUUCGAUUCAUACUCACAUUCUGUGCUAAAGGGAAACUCUUCCACAUGGAUGGAGGGUACCUUUACGCGGGAAGACUUGGAACGAACGUUUGGCCGAGCCUCGGAAGAGACAAGGUCGCAGUCAAUCGAAAAGCCGCCACCUAGUUGGGCCCCAGCAAUAAGAGACUUGUGGGCCUCCUCUGUCAAUAGGAUGCUAAAGCAUACAAAUGAAUUUGCCAUGAAAAUAAUAGCGACACGAGACUAUUUGCAGCGAAUGUUGGAUGGAGGGAAUGUUCGUCCGGAUGAGAUGGAAUACUUGAUGCAACUUCCUCAAAAUAUACAAAAUUAUCUUGCACGAUUUCGAAAGCUUACAGACGAGGAGACACGGAGGUUUUCCGUGGAUUCAUUAAAUGGCCUUCAAAGACCGUCUGCCGCGACUACCUUACAAAGAGCAGAUGAAACUCCGGUCAGGCAGUUGACCAGCAUCCCCCGCUCUGAUACGCGGAGAGGGGUUGUGAAAAAGACACAAAAUAAACAAACAACCAAUCCUCUUACGGAGAACACAUCAAUGAAUUCGACACGUAAUCUGUCUUUUAACGCUGCAAAAUUAACCAAAUUUGAAGAGAAACUGCAGGCGAAAUAUGAAAAUUACCGGCGGGCAAAAGAACUCGAAAAAAAGAAAGACCAGGAAGCUAAUAAGAAGUUUUUGAAAGAUCUGGAGAUAGCAAGAAAGCCUCGCCCGUUACGGAUAAUGACGAAAGAGCAGCUGGAGGAGAUCGUUGUUGCCCGAUCGUCUGCAGCAGUAAAAGGCGGAAUUAUUGCGCGAAUUGAAAAGUACGAAAUUACGUUGCAUGAUUUUGAUACAUUAAGACCUGGUCAGUGGUUAAAUGAUGAAGUCAUAAAUGCCUAUCUCCAAAUGCUCCUUAACCGCGCAAAGAGAGAAACGCGUCGAAAAGUGCACAUUUUUAACACGUUUUUCUACACAACUUUGGCGACGAAAGGUUAUGAUGGAGUAAAACGAUGGGCAAGAAGGGCUAAAAUCGAUGUCUUUGAGCAGGACCUUAUUCUUAUACCAAUAAAUCAAGCUUCCCACUGGUUUUUGGCUGCUAUCCGAUUACCUGACAGGCUGAUAGAGAUUUAUGACAGCAUGCCAAGGACAGACGCAACCAUGACAUUCGACACAAUAAUGUACUAUCUGGCGCAGACGCACAAAGACAAAACUGGUCAAAAUUUAGACAAAUCACAAUGGUCGUGGAUUGUAGAGACAGCACCAAAACAGGAGAACGGAUAUGAUUGCGGUGUUUUCACUUGUCAAUUCGUAGAGUGUCUCUCACGCGGAGGAGAUCUUGAUUUCGAACAGUCAGACAUGCAGUAUUAUCGACAGAGAAUACGAUAUGAACUUAUCAAGGGAAGGUUAAUGCGAUAA